ACCCACAACAUAUAUUUCCGUCAACGUGGUGAUACUACAGCCAUAUUACACACGAGGCAAGGGUUCACCUGGUGGAGAGGUCGCGCUUCUUGUAAUGACAACAAGCAGUUGCAUCAGCUUCUGUCCUCGUGCGUGUUAAACCCCUACAAGACGCGCUUCUUUGCCUCUCUUUACACGCGCGCAUUAGCUCCACUGUUUAAAACCAAGUCAAAACUGGAUGAUAUAUGAUGAAAUAAAUCUCCUAAUCAUUGACGUCAACUAUAUAUUUUUAAAAGUUAUCAACAUAGUCGAUGUAUUGCUUGACUUAUUUUUUAAUAAUGUCCCUUUUUGAAUUACUUUUUCCCGAAUCCCGACCCUAUAAACUGGACCUCACUGGACAUGGUUUAGAUAUCGUGAUAUCUAAACCAACAUGAGAUAUCUCUUAAGGUCACGAAUAUGUAAGCCCGUCCUCUUGAGGUUCUUUUCAGAAAUUAGCCUAAAUGCUAACCUCAGGUAAGGGGUUGUACCUGAAUACACCAGGAGGUUCUUGCCUGUGGCCUCACACUUUGAAAUAGUGUAAUAAUGUCACUAUUGCCCUCAAACACACCAGAGUAUUACUGACUUAAAAAAAAAUAAUUUUUAAGAAGUGGUGAUGGCUUGUUGUACAUUUUUUCACAUCACACGUCAUAGUUUUUCUUUCCGUGAGUAGUGCGGUCACACCUCUUCCUGUUCCUGUUACCAGAAAAAAAAAAAAAAAAAGUGGUACCAUAGUUUCCCCUUACUUUGUUCCAGUGAAGUCAGAGGGUCUCCGUUCACAGAAAGCAGAGUACCGCAUGGAACCAGACUGCAGCUGGCUGAUGAUUGGUUGGAUUAUAUUUAGACUCAAGUUGUACAUCUACACACAGCGAAAUCCGCUCUGGUGUGUCCUAAUUCAGGAAGCUGGCUGCCUGAACUGGUUUUUCCUCCUUGGUAGCGUUACUUUUUUGCUCGUGUGUCAUAUUCAUGGGACGUAUGUUUCUUCACCUUACUUUUGAGUACAUGGAAGCAGCUGUGCUCAGAGUAGAAUAAUAAUUGAGUGGGAUCUUAGUAUCUUUUGACAAAUUGUCAGUUUAUUUGUUCUGAAGACAGAAAAAAAACAUAAGCUAAACAUGGUGAGCUUAUUUCACAUAAAAUUUAACUUUUUUGCUCAUGUAACAUGCUGUUAUUAGCUUGUAAAUUAGUUUAGGUUUUAUUUUUUUGCUCUGGGAAUGACAUCUCACUAAUAUGACUUUUAAUCCGCUUCAUAGAAAAUAUUUGUAGUUUUGCAACUUUUUUUUUAUAUCCUCAAGCAACCGUAAUGCCAGAAACCGGUCUAUGUUUCACAAGAGUCCUUGGAGCUUGCUUUUCUUAGAAGAGACUAAAUUUUUUCCUAAACAGUAAAAAAAACAAAAAAAAAAACAGCAGACACAACUUGACUUCUCAUCCCCAUCCACAAGUGUGCUCACAUUCAGUGCAGCUGUUGCAUAAUGUUAUUUUCAAGGCAGCCUUUAGUAAUUAUGGAUGUAUUUUCCACAUCUCCUGCUCCUCCUCCUGCAGUGCCACCUAGUCACAAAUAUCCACUUCCUGGAAAAAGCAGCUCUUAUUUUUAAGAAAACUGCAGGGUGCAACAGGGCAGAAGGUAUUUAGUCAUUAGCAUGAUCCCAUCACUUUGCAUGCAAAUACGCCUCUGAUUGGCCAAACUCUCUCUUUUGUCCCACAUGCAGAUUAUUCUGGUGUUGAUCAAAGGAUACAGAAAAAUUAGAAACCAUGCGGGGGUAGGAGGCUGUCCCUCGAUGCUCACAUGAUCAAAGUCAUAGCAACACUUGGAGCAUUUUUCGCAAAGAGUUUCAAGUACCCUGACUGUUAUUAAAAGAUUAACAUUGUUGCCUCCGGAUAUUUAUCAAGGCAUGUCGCAAAACCCGUUCCGUGACUUGCAACACCAUCACCUAAUUUUAAGGAUGCAGAACUUCACAUUUAAGUUUGUGGGAGUAAAGUAAGCACACCCUCCUUCUUUUGUAGGGUUUGAAAUACCAGGACAUAAUUAGAAAAUCUGUCAGUGUUUAUUAGAAUGCAUUUUUCCUACAGAAUGUGGACAAGACAACAGGCCUGAGACGAUAGAACCGGAGGGGUUACCGAGAAACUAGCAACAAUUACAACAACAAUUAAAAAUGACAUCUUCAGUAGAAAACAUCUUCCCCUCCAACCUGGUGUCUGCCGCCUUUCAGUCGUAUGGCACCUCCUACAAGAUGAAAAACGCGUCCGGAAUCCUAGAGAAGGUUCCCAUUGGAACAGAUCAAGACGGGAUGAACAUCCUUGGAUUGGUGGUGUUCGCUAUUGUUUUCGGUGUGGCCCUGAGGAAGCUGGGCGAAGAAGGAGAGAUCCUCAUCAAGUUCUUCAACUCCUUCAACGAGGCCACCAUGGUGCUGGUGUCCUGGAUCAUGUGGUACGCCCCUAUAGGUAUCAUGUUCCUCGUCGCAGGUAAGAUUGUGGAGAUGGACGACGUCGGCAAGCUGUUUGCCAGCCUGGGAAAAUACAUCGCCUGCUGCAUGAUUGGCCACGCCAUUCACGGCCUGCUGGUGCUGCCCCUCAUCUACUUCAUUUUUACCAGGAAGAACCCCUACACCUUCCUGUGGGGCAUCUUCACAGCCUUGGCCACGGCUUUUGGAACGAGCUCCAGCUCUGCCACUCUGCCCCUCAUGAUGAAGUGCGUGGAGGAGAAAAACGGCGUCUCCAAGCACAUAAGCCGCUUCAUCCUGCCCAUCGGCGCCACGGUCAACAUGGACGGCGCCGCGCUCUUCCAGUGUGUGGCGGCGGUUUUCAUCGCCCAGCUUAACAACACCAGUCUCAACUUCAUCCAAGUCAUAACCAUCCUUGUGACGGCGACUGCGUCCAGUGUUGGAGCUGCAGGUAUACCUGCGGGCGGCGUGCUGACCCUCGCUAUAAUCCUGGAGGCCAUUGGACUGCCCACCAGUGACAUCUCUCUCAUCCUGGCUGUUGACUGGCUUGUUGACCGCACCUGCACGGUGCUGAAUGUGGAGGGCGACGCCUUCGGAGCGGGGCUCCUGCAGCACUUUGUGGACAAAACAUCCAAACGCGAAGGAGUGGAGGAGCUCAGCGAGGUGAGGAUGGACAGAGAUGCGUCCGCCGCCAUGCCCGAGCACUCGCCGCUCAUCGAUAAACGAGGCUUGGAGGGCGCAAAAGGAGACCUUUCCUCCGAGAAAGAGUCGUCCAUGUAACGCCGAUUGCGACUUCUACCGCAAACCCGCCUAGAAAGACAAAACUUAAGCUCCCCCCUGUUAAGAAAAGAGUCCAAGGAGAGAGGACGGACAGCACACUACAAUGCAAAGCAACGCUCUCGGACCUCAAAUACUUUUCUGGACGGGGUGCAGCUAAUAUCUUAUGGGAUAUGCAGAAACCAUGAUAAACUCACUGGGUUAUUUAAUUUUUUAGGGCAGUAUGAGACUAAUAUUUUUAUUAUUAUUAUUAUUAUUUUUUAAUACUUCUCCCUCAUGUUUAUUUGAUGUAUUCGGUUGGUCUACUCUGAAAUCAGAUUGGAAGGUUUCAUAAGCCACUUAAAAGAAAACAGACUAUUUGCAUCGAGGAGCUCAGCACAUGACGCAUUUAUUCAUGCUGGACAAAUGAAUAUGGAUGUCUGUUGCUAAAGCGUUCUCCUAUCUUAUAUGGCGUCACUGUUCUUCUGACAGGAACUGUCUUUUUAUACAUAUAU